AUGUACGCUUUUGGAACACAAUUGUGGAUGAACCAUUUCGGCCGUGCUCUGGGCUUUGUCUUCGUCCACUUAGUCAACCUGAAGGUGCUGUACCCGCUCCGCCUCACCAGCGUCUUGACGGGCGGCGUGCUGGCGGAGGUGUACACGGACAUGCUGCAGGUGGUGGUGAUGGUUGCGGGCGUGUUGGUAAUCCUGGUGACGGCCAUAGUGGAGAUGGGCGGCCUGGGCAAGGUGUGGGAGGUGGCCAGACAGCACGGCAGGGUGGAGCUGUUGAACGUGGACCCGAAUCCCCUGCAGCGUCAUAGCUUGUGGCUGGGCACUGUGCAGGGCUUCUUCCUCUCUGUGCAGAUGUAUGGGAUGUCCCAGGCUCAGGUGCAGCGCAUGUGCUCGGUGGCCACGUGGAAAAGGCUGUCAGAGCUCACUCACUACCUCAACUUCACCAUCAUCCUCUUUGUGAGCUCCUGCUGUAACAUGAUGGGCGUGGCAAUCUUCGCCGUGUACGCCAACUGUGACCCCACGGCGACGGGGGCGAUCCAGAAGGCAGACCAGAUCGUGCUCUUCUACGUGAUGGACCACCUCUCAAGCCUCUACGGCGUGACGGGGCUCUUCAUGGCCUCUCUCUAUGCCGCGGGGCUGAGUUUUUCGGGUGGUGCUAUAGGGUUGGGCGUGUCUCUGGCCUUCAACCUGUGGAUGUGUGUGGGCGCCCUGCUCUUCAGUCCCGCGCCCACGAUGCUCCCCUUCUCAGACGAGGGAUGCAACUCCACCACAUCCUUCCCCUCCACCCUCCCCUCCACCUUCUCUAAAGUCUGUGGAUCGAGGCCACGCUCUGCUAACCUGACGGUAGUGAUUUGUGAUGACUCACAGCGGCGCGCUGAGGCACGGGCUGUAGUGCUGGCUGCGGCUGGAGGGAAGGAAGGACACCCACUCCAGGGAGCGGAGUGGUCCUUUCCUGAUCAGAGUUUCCGUUAUGAAGGCACUAAAUUCAUUGAAUCAAUCUUCUGUUUUAGGGCACACGUGUUCCCCCUGUACCUGCUCUCCUACACUCUGUCGCUCAUUGGCGUCUCCAUCACGGUGUUCGUCGGCGCCCUCACGUCUCUCAUCUCCAAGCCGUGGACCACUGAGCAGGCAGGCAAGAUAUACCUCCAUCCAACCUUCUACGCCCUUCAGAGGAGGCGCGGUGUCCCACAAGACCCGCCCUUCACCAGCAUACAGACUCUCGUGCCCUUAGAGAAAUUUUGA